AUGGUCUCAGUCGGGACAGACUGGAAAGCAUUGGCAUCCGAAAAGCGCGAUGCCGUCCUGGCGCAAAUCCCAGAUGCAUGGAAGAUACCAGGUACAAUUUCCUCCGCAGACGAAGUGCCGGACGUUACCGGUCCCUACAUCCAGCAGUUCCUAGAUGCUCGCGAAAUCAUGGUCACGGAGACCGAUGCUGUGGGGAUUGUCGAGAAGACUAGUUCUGGUGAAUGGACUGCCGUUGAAGUCACCAAAGCAUUUUGUCACAGGGCGGCUCUUGCUCAUCAAUUAGUGAAUUGCCUCCACGAGAUAUGCUUCGAUGCUGCUAUCGAGAAUGCUCAACAGCUUGACACUUAUUUUGCGGAAUAUAAACAGCCAGUCGGACCACUUCAUGGCCUACCUGUGAGCUUAAAGGAUCAAUUCCAUAUCAAAGGCAUCGAAACAACAAUGGGGUAUGUGGGCUGGAUUGGCACCUUUCAGGGCAACAAGGACGAUCCCCGAAGGUUCACCUUCGAAAGCGAACUUGUUAAAGAACUCCGAAAUCUUGGUGCUGUCCUCUACUGCAAGACUAGUGUUCCCACGACCUUGAUGACCACCGAAACGGUAAAUAAUAUUCUAGGGUAUACCUGGAAUCCGAGAAAUCGGCACCUUUCGUCGGGCGGAAGUUCUGGAGGAGAAGCUGCUCUUAUCGCCUUAAAGGGAUCUCCUGGAGGGUUUGGAACCGACAUUGGCGGCAGUGUUCGGAUACCAGCCAGUUAUAACGGUCUCUGGGGAUUACGUCCCUGUGGAAGGCUGCCUUAUGAAGGAGCUGCAACCUCGAUCGAUGGGCAAAACACGGUGUUAUCUGUGGUUGGCCCACUGAGUUCUUCCCUUGGAGGGCUGAAACUCCUGUUCAAAGCUAUUCUCCAGCAGCAGCCCUGGCUUCACGAUCCGAUGGUCAUCGAAAUACCAUGGCGUGAGCCGAUCGUGGAGGAGACUCAGAGACUCAUUACCAAAGCUAAGUCCACGCCUGGCGUUCUUGCGUUUGGUCUUUUGAGGCAUGACGGGAUUGUGCACCCAACUCCGCCAGUAGCUCGGGCACUGGGGUCUGUCGUUUCAGCGUUGAGACAAGCGGGACACAAAAUCAUCGAAUGGGACCCUCCAUCGCACAAGCUGGGAGCAAAAAUCUUGAUGGAUGCCCUGACAGCCGAUGGAGGUGCAGACGUACGCUACCAUCUUGGUCUCUCAGGCGAGCCACAACCAGAGCAGAUUGGAGUCAACCGACAGCAAGAAGAGCAAAAGAAUGUCCUCGAGGUUGCAGCAAUCAAUAUCGCCAAACGGGAGUACAAAAAGGCAUAUCUGGAGUACUGGAAUAGUACUAAAGACCUGACAGACACUGGUCGUCCCGUGGAUGCCGUCUUGUGUCCAGUCACGGCCCAUUCGCCCAUCACCCCCAACAAGAGCCGUAGUAUGGAAUAUACGCUCGUUUCUAGCUUACUGGACUACACUGCUGUUGUCAUUCCAGUCACUCAUGUCAAAAAGGAGGUCGAUCUUCCCCACACGUCAAUGGAAUACCUGAGUGAGUGGGAUAAGCUCGCCCAAACCGAAUAUGACCCUAAAGUACACUUUAAUGGGCCCGUUGGAAUACAGCUUCUUGGUCGCUGCCUUGAGGAGGAGAAAAUGCUAACAUUGGCCGAGUAUAUCAAAACAGAAGUGCUUGAUAGGUAG